AUGAGUGUGGCGGAUCGACUACGAGCCUUUCGCUACGCCACUAGUGCCCGUGAGGUGCCGUGGAACCACGUGCGCAGCGUUGAUGUGGCGGCGCAUCGGGUGCAGGAACCGGACCUUUGUCUCAUGAAAAAUCUUAUUUCCCUUCUCUCAGAUUGCAACCUUGCCAGUGCGACGUCACCCACAACAAGCUCGGCGGAUGCGUACCAGCUUCUUAGCGCCAUGCAACUUGCCCUGCAGUUCGCCCUUUGGUCACAGUCGAUUCUCAAGGAGCAGUUGGUGGAGAAGCAAAGUGGUGCUGCGGUGCAGCAGAUUAACCUGCAGUACGUGGAGGGGCUUGAAAAAAAACUGGAGAAAUCCCACCAGGAGGCCAUUAAAUUGCGGGAAGAACGUGACAAUAUUCAGAUCGCCUCUCGCAGCCUCGAACACCGUCUCACUCAGGCAGAAGCAAAAAUAAGAUAUCUUGAAAAGGACCUCGAGUUUGAGCGUCGACGAGUGAGCGAGACGAUAUCUCUUUUUGCCACCCGGCUGCAAAAGCGUCAUUGA